AUGUUUACGCUCUGUGUAAUUUUUGUGGCUUGUGUGGCAAUUUCAGCAGCGGCCACAGUUACUGUGCCUGGGUCACCUGUCACCUCAAUUGAGACCACAUCAACAGUAUUGGAAUGUACAUAUACCGCUACUAGUAGUAAUCCACUGAUACAGUGGUAUAAAGGGAGUAGUACAAGUACAGGAUCUCUGCUUAUACAAAAAAACAAUGCCGGGGUUCUCCCGCAGCCUGGAAUCACAAGACAUGACAUUCAAGGCCAAGCUAGUCUACUUAUAACGGAUACACAGUUAAGUGAUGCUGACAAGUAUUGGUGUCAAGUAGAAGGUUUAGGUGAUCCUAGAGACGAGAAAUCAAUCACUCUCAUAGUAACAC